AUGGACACUGCUCGGAGAUUGCGAUCAUCAUGUGAUGCUUGCGGAGCUGCCAAAACCAAGUGCGAUCGAAUCCAGCCACAAUGUGGCCGUUGCAGUUCCAUGAACCUGUCCUGUGUGUACGGACCUUCAAAGCAGCUUGGAAAGCGCCCAAGAAGAAGACUUGAUUUAGGCUCGAGGAUUUCUGAUCGUGGCGCGGCACCUUCUCAAGCGAACGCUGCAUAUCGGAAACCUGUUAUAGAGGUAUUCGGCACAGAACGCAGUGUUACCAAUAGCAGUUUCGAUCCCACUCUUGACUUGAGCAUGACGCCCCCUCAAGAUAUGAGUAUCACGCCUCCUCAAGACAUCCAAUUACCAUUACCACAAACAUCCAUUGCAUGGCCCCCGACUGACUUUGAACUAUGGGGCGACCGACACAGAUGCUACCACGAGUCUAAUGAUGUCAUCCAACUGCUCUCUAUUCCAGAGAGAUUGUUCGCAGAUGAUGCACCAAUCGUUCUGGAUGUGUCUGAUAUCCUUCAGGCUACUAGACGGGCAAUAGAGUCUCUCAAUCGGCUGGUCGAUUGCAGCUGUGCUAAGAACCGAGGUCAUCAGGCAAUGCUAUACGCGUCUCUUAUCUCACGUGCCUUGUGGUGGUACCGUGAAGCAUCUGGUGAUGCGGGUUUUCGCGCACCAGAAGCCACGGGUAUGCCGUCACCCAACACUCCAUCUGAGAACUCGGCACCACCGGCCAGCGUUCACCAGAGCACUGAUAGAUGUGUCAGAAUCAAGGCGUCAGCGGUCACUGUAGGUGGUUUCAACAUCGACGACCCCCAAAUGCAACGCACCUUUCGAAAUCAGCUUAUUCGGCAUGAAGUGACCAAAGUGGGACCUUUGAUUGAGAAGUAUGCUGCAUUAGCGACCGAUCCAGAUGUGCGAGAAGAGGACAAGAUCCUAUUCUUAACGUUGGGCGCCUGGUUGAGAGCAGAUCUUUCCAAAGCCAUUGCAGCUGUUGCAGACGCAAGUAAUAGAGCUGAAGACAGUUGA